AUGAAAUAUAACUGCAGUGAGAAAUUCAUGCGCUAUCUGCCUUCAGUAAACUCUUAUGGUCAAAAUCAAGAUAUCCUGUGUUUCAGUACAGCGAGUUUUCCCUUUUGCAAAACUCAUAGUAGGUAUGACUCAGUCGAGCAAACACAUUUAAAAGGACAAUCUGGAUUAAUUUGUGCCUCAUUUGAAUGGGGGAGCUGGUGGCAAACAAUUCAAGAAGUUUUUAUCGAAAUUCCAUUCCGACAAAUCGUAGACGUGAAGCAAAUCGUAUGUAAAAUUACCAAUAGUACAAUCACUUGUGGUUUUGUUGGUCAGCAGCCAUUGUUAUCAGGUAACUUAUUUAGCCUUAUAAAGGCAAGUGAAUCCACCUGGAGCCUUCACGAAAAAAAGCACAUGGUUAUGUGUCUGAUCAAAGCUAGUCCAGGUACCUGUUGGCAUUCUUUAAUGACCGAUAACUGGAAGGCGGAUCCACUAGUUCUUGAUGAAAUGGAACGAAACCUUACCAUUCAGCGACUACAAAUAGAAAACCCUGGUAUGGACUUUAGCUCAGCCGACAUAUCUGGAAACUAUCGUAACGGUGGACCAAAAUUUCCUGCAUGA